CGAUAGUGUAUGCGACUGAGUAGUGCGAGGCGUUCAGCCAUCUCUGUGUUCUGCCGUCUUUCCCUUCCGUUGUGGUGAAUGCUUCGCGUCUAGUCUUCUUAUUGGAUUGAGGUUCUCGAAUUUCGGUAGUGCUGCAAGUGGAGGGCAAUCGGGACACUUCUCAAGCGGCUCGAGCUCGCGGUGGUGAAAGUGGCAGCCAGGUUGACGGCAACAAUCUCUCGCCUUUCACCGCCUUGGGGAUAGUGUGGCAGUUCAUACUUGUACGUAUUUUAACGAGGCAAGGAAGGACCCGGAGGGGCUGGUCAGGGUGUGGUCUUGCCUUUCUUGGGAGUGCCCCCGUCGAAUCUGGACCAAGUGAAAAGGGCUAAGAGGGGAGGCUAGUAAGUGUGAGUUUCAGAUACGCCAGCGAGGGAGAGAGAGAGAGAGAGAGAGAGAGAGAUGGCGUCAGACAAGGCACGUGCGGGAGCAGAGCAGAUGAAGGAGGCCGGGCGGGAAGGGUACGAGGAAGGGAAGGGGUCUGCGCAGGAGAAGUACGAGCACGCGAAGGAGACUGCUGGCGCCAAGACGCAGGAAGUCAAACAGGCUAUGGAGGAGCAGAAGGGGUCUGCGCAGGAGAAGUACGAGCACGCGAAGGAGACUGCUGGCGCCAAGACGCAGGAAGCCAAACAGGCUAUGGAGGAACAGAAGCAGCGAGCGGGAGAAUCGAUGCAGGAGCAGCAAGAGAAAGCCGCGGGCGCCAUGCAGAGCCUGAAGGAGAAGGGAGGCGCAGCUAUGGAGGGUCUGAAGGAGAAGGUCGGGAUGGGAGGAGGAGGGGCAGGCGCUGGCCAGGGAGGGCAGUGAGGAAGGAAGCAGAAGCGUUGACUUCUGCGAGCCCCGGGUCAACGAGAUGGGUGAAGGAGAUCUUCAGCGCCCGCAUGGAGUCUCAGGCGUGCAAUGAAUUUGGUCGUAAUGGAGGUCACAUACAUGCAAAUAAGCAUAGCUCUUACAACAAUGGGGUAGGGGGCUCAGUUAUCGUAUUUGAAUCUGACGUGGAAACGAGACGUGUGAUUGAAUCUGACCUGGAAACGAGACGCAAUACAGAUGCAGUAGAGCGCUGUAUUGGCAAUUUUUGUUGGUUAUGAGUGUAAGCGCCUCCAUUCUAAUCUGGUCAGCGUUGCGCAGCCGAGCACGCAGGGUUCUGAAAUGCCAUGGAUAAGUACUCCACAUUUUACACGAAUUUCAACUGAGUUCUGGACCAGGUGCAUUCGCACCGGCGAGACAUUUAUCACGUAUCGGGGUCCUCRCGAGGUCCAGAUACUCUUAGGACGUCGUGUAGUGGAGCGAGKCCCAGUAUGUGGCAGGCCCAGUAUUUGAUACAUCGAUUGAUGUGUAGCCUUGGGCUUUUGGCCCGUUGAUAAUUGAAUUUUCGGGCUUUUUWKAAAAAUAUAUWAUAGAAAAAUAAACGAAUGCCACAGGCUAUCCUUUAAUUUGAAUCUCUGCAGUCGAUCGCCAUCUGACGGUCGACGGGCAAUGAGUCKUAUYGAGUGAAAUAUAAACCGCAACGAGUGUCAUUGAGUGAAAUAUAAACCAUCAGGAAAUCUGAGCCCCAUCAGGAAAUCUGAGGCCCAUCAGGAAAUCUGAGCCUUAAGAAAGCGG